GAGCUCGCGCUAAUGGAUGCGCAACAACGUACAUUGUUGCACGUAACGGCUGAUGCAUUACGUACAUCGUCAGCAAGCGUUGACCACGGUGGACUACUUGGUAAGAAGCGAACAUCGGUUAGUGGUGGUGGGUUUCCAGUCGGUGUAUAUGUAGCUAUUUCAAGUAUGGACCACCAGAAGUUGCUCGAACGUCGCAGAGCACCAAUAUCGCCCUUCACUGCUACAGGGGGUGCGCUCAGUGUUGCUGCGGGUCGCGUCGCUUUUAUACAUGGGCUUAUAGGCGCUGCUGUUGCUAUCGAUACUGCAUGUUCCUCAUCUUUGGUCGCGAUACAAGUUGCUGCCACGAACAGCAGAGUAAGUCAGCACGCUGCACUUGUCGCAGGCAUCAACCUCAUACAAGUGCCCGAAACGACCGUGAUGUUUAUUCGCGCGGGAAUGAUAGCCCCAGAUGGUCGAUGUAAGACACUUGACGUAAGUGCGAAUGGAUACAGCAGAGGUGAGGGUGUGGGAGCAUUGGGUUUGGUCGACUCGAUAACGGCAACAGCAAUUGAACGCGUAAUAAUAGCUGCUACUGCAAUUGUUGGGACAUGUGUCAACCAAGAUGGUAGAUCUAGUUCGCUCACCGUACCAAAUGGCCCAUCACAACAAGCAGUGGUACGAGGCGCACUCAACGCAACUGCAGAAUCGUCAACAAGAAAAAAUGGCAUUGUUAAUGCGAUACACUUACACGGCACUGGGACG